AUGUCUACUCAGGAAGAACAGCAGAACCUUGCCGUUGUUACGGAAUACUUUGCCGAGUAUUGGGGCAAGGCUAAUGCCAAUAUUGUCGAUAAGUUAUGUGGAGACAACUUCGACGCGGCCAAGAAGAUGCUCCAAAAAUUUAAGGAGGCGUUCCCAGAUAUUUCGUUCCAUGCUUACCAACAUCCCCUUAUCGCGAGCGGUCUCUACGUUGUAGGGCGAUGGAUUGGUGGGGGCACGCAUUCGGGUGUCGCGUUCCAUGACCUGGCUGUUGGUUCCCUGGAUCAUCCAAACACAGGGAAGAAGAUGUACUUUUCUGGUAUCACUAUAUUCACUCUAAAAGACGGCAAGAUUGUUGAUGAGACGGGAGAGGAGGGCGCAUUAACUGCGCUGCAGCAGCUAGGUCUCAUCAAUCCCCCUAAUCCAGGGAAGGAGAUCAAGUAUCUGCACGAAUAA